CGAUCGUUCGCUCGCUAGAGGGGAGAUGGGAAACCGUCUGGCGCGUCUGAGCAGUGGAACGCCAUCGAGAGUCAGUCGAGGCGAAGUCGCCGACCAGAGCGGUAAUAUUCAAUUUUCAAUAAGAUACAUAUAUAUACAUAGUUAUAUAUAUACACACAGCCAAACAGUGUUCACAAAUUUUGAGAUAGAGACACAAAUGACUCGAAGUAGUUUAGUGUAUAAUAGUUUAGUAAACGUACUGAAUCGUUGAGACUGGUGAUUAUAGUGGUUUAUGAUUAAAAUUUAAAACAUUUGUAUAUGUAUACUUUCAUAUCAAGAGUGCUUCUAUCGCUCGUGUUAUUUUUGUACUAGGCAUAUAUUUUAAGUGUUUAUUGUGCAUUGAAGUGUAUCGGAUUUUGGAUGGAUAUUGGAUUUUAUCAGUGUUAACCAAGGAUUAUUUUUUCAAAGUGUUCUACGAGAUGGCGAUGACGGCUUGUUAUUCCAAUUACGCCGAUUUGGCACCGACGCAUGUUCAACAGCAGCAUCCGCAACAGCAGCAACAAUGCUUUGCUACCAAUGCUGCCACGACGGUUUUGCAGCAGCAGCAACAACAGAUGCAACAGCAUCCCCAACAACAAACUAGGAUACAACCCGUGCAACAAAAGGAUUACAGUAUACCGUUGCACGUCGAUUGUAGUGUAGAAUAUGAACUUCCGAAUCAGGCCAAACCGCCGGCCGGUUCGCGUGUCGAGCCGCUGCUCAUGAUACAUCCAUGCUACUUCCGCAAAAUGGAAAGUCAAAGGCGUAGUCCUUUCAUCAAUAAUAUGCCGCCGGUUACGAAUAGUAGUCGUUCGUCGAGUAGUUCAAACGCCGCUGCGGCCGCGGCUUCGAGCAGGAGACGAGCUGCGGCAGUUCAGCAACAGCAAUUGGUUGCGCAACAACAGCAGCAGCAACAACAGCAAUUGUCGCACCAACAACAAUUGUCACAACAGCUGUCGCAGCAACAACAACAGCUCGCUCAGCAGCAGCAGCACCAUAUGUACACGCAACAGCAACAGCAGCAACACCAAGCAUCUUGGGAACAACAGCAACACGUGGUUCCCGCUAUGCCCGCGCUCGUGCCGAUCGCGGCGGGCGCACAAGCCAUGUCGAUGUACAGCAAACCCGUAGGAAAACGUGAUCUUAUGCUGUCCGGCGGCUUGAGUUAUACGACGGAUACAUCGGCUGUUGCGACGGCGUCUAGUAUACCCGGAGUGCAUUGGGAUGCGGAGAGGAGUCCUUUGGCUGCGAUACCGCGGGACUAUCAGCAGUCCGGUCCCGAGCACGCGGCCACGGUUCAUCAUCAGCAUCAGCACCAUCAUCAUCAUCAUCAUCACCCGCAGCAUCAUCCCGAAAAACAUCAACAACAGCAGCAGCAGCAGCAACAACAUCAGCAGCAACAGCAACAACAGCUGCAGCAGCAGCAGCAACAGCAACACCAGAAUACGAUACUGUCGGGCAAAUAUCGGCAAUAUCUGCGAGCGCAUCGCCUACAUCCGUACCUGGAGCGCGCGGCCGCAUUUCAACCACCGCCUGCACUGCAGCAGGUCUCAUGUUACAACGUGUGAUGAACGAACGUGUCUUACUACAGGAAGCGCGACGGGGUUGUAUUGAUCCCGCCCCGUCUGCAUUUAUAUGUGAUAGUAGAGUUAUAAUAUAACGAGAUCCCCUCAAAUACAAAAAAUAUUAAAGAAAAAGCUAAUACAAGAUAAUAAAAACAAAACAAAUUCGAAUCGCGAAUAUUAAUGUGUUGGUGUGCGUGCGUGCUUUUGUCGAUGUGCUGAAAAAAUGAAAAAAAUCUUGGAGUGACAAUAUGAUGAAAAUGUGGAAGCCGAUGGAAUUAUUCCCGUGUGAGACGAUCAAGUGUUUAAUUUGUUGUUAAAAAGUGGUGGCGAAAACGUUGUUUAUCCGAGGACCCAGACCAAAGAUUCAACCAAGAUCGGGUCUGUCUGUUAAUAACGCUUGUGGUGUGAAGAUUCCAGCCCAAAUUUAAGGAAAACUAAAGUGAUGCGCCGCCGAACGCGAUCGGAUAUAUAUUGUGUAUAAAUGUAUAUAGAUAUAUAAACUAAUAAGCUACGCUAUAUAUGUACAGACUAGUCAUAGAAAAAAUACGCUUAAUGAAUUUGAUGAUGAAAUAAACACGUUAUUGUUUUUAUAGAAAAUUAACGUUGAUUUUUCUUGCGAAAUCGCGCAACAUU